AUGGCCAAAGUAUCUGUGAAUAACAAAGCGUACAGCAUUAUCGAGAAAAUAGCCAAAGGCGGUAGCAGUUUUGUAUUCAAGGUGCUGUCCCAUCGAGAUCACAAAAAUUACGCGUUGAAAGCCGUACCACUGGAAGGCAUCGACCAAAACACUACGCGAAUGUAUACAAAUGAAAUCAAGCUACUGAUAUCCCUACGGGCCAAUCCACGAAUUGUGCAAAUUUUCGACUAUGAAAUUUCUGAACGUCACAAUGCGUUAUUUGUGAUAAUGGAACUCGGCGAAAUUGAUAUGGCGCAUUUGCUGAGCCGUCAAAAGUACGAGCCACUUGAUCUGAACUUUGUGCGAUACUACUGGCGCCAGAUGCUAAAAGCCGUGGAAGCUGUCCACAAGGAGAAAAUUGUGCACAGCGAUCUCAAACCCGCGAAUUUUGUCCUUGUGAGUGGGAUGCUGAAAAUCAUCGAUUUCGGAAUUGCGAAGCGAAUUGCCAAUAACACCACGAAUAUUCACCGGGACAAACAGGUGGGCACCAUCAACUAUAUGGCACCAGAAGCGCUAACCGAUGUUGGCCACGGUCAAAAUGAACUGAUGAAGAUGGGUCGCCCCAGUGACGUUUGGUCUCUAGGAUGUAUCCUUUAUCAGAUGGUGUACGGUCGUCCUCCCUUUUCCGAUAUGAAGCUAUUCCACAAACUCCGAUUCAUUCCUGAUCCCACGCAUGUCAUUCCCUUCCCGUCACAAGCACCUGUAUAUUCCCCUGGCGACUUCACCCACGAUCCCGUCACUCUGCCGGCAGAAAUUAUCGAUGUCAUGCAGUCAUGCCUGCAAAGGGAUCCGUCCAAGCGCAAAAAGAUUCCGCAGCUUUUAGACCAUCCAUUUCUAAAAGUCUAA